CCUUAUCAAUUCAUGACCUUUGUGAAACUAUAGUAAAUAGAUUAAAAAAUACUUAUAGUGAUCCUUUACCUUCUAAUAUUAAUAUUUCAUCAGAUGAAUGGAUUCAUCUGCAAUUUUGUCCAACAAAUUCUACUACAACGCAAACAAUGUAUUAUACUGGUCGAUUCAGUGUAAAAUUUAAAGUACAAAGUCAGAUGCUUCGAAAAAGUAGCAAAGAUGCACAUUACUGUGCUGCACUUUUUAGAUAUCUUAGAGAAUUUUCAUUGAAGUAUGACUUGAUAAGUUCCGAAUCUGAACUAUUAUUUAGAAUAUCAAAUACACUAGAUGACAUACACAAAAGAGCACAAGAAUCUAGUAAAUUAAAAUCUGAGUUAAAAGAAUGUAUUUCAGGUGUUAAAGAGAUAUUAAAUAGUCAAACUAAACGACUUCGAUUGAAAAAUAAUCAAUUUAAAUAUUUUUCGCUUGCAAACGAAGAAGCCAUUGCAGAGAUAUUUGAAGUGAAUAUAGCAUUUAUUAUUUUUAUUGCUUAA